GCUUGCACUCGGCUUGUCGUCCUUGUUUGUGUGUGUGCAUGCAUGGCAUGGAAUGAAUUGUGAGUCUAUGUCAUUGCUAUCCAGUGCAUGUGAGUGCAACCUUGGAGAGACCAGCAAGGCGUGUGAACCCAAGGAGAGUGGUGCAGCAGCCAAAGGUGGUGGAAAUGAGGAGGAGAAGCCUAAGAUCAGCAAAGCAGCAGAGGCGAAGGAGAAAGGAGAGAGCUUGUGGGGCACGAUUGCGAGUGCCGCUUUCUCCAACCCGACUUCUGCUACGGGAGAGUGUGAUUGGCUGACCUUGCAUCGGCGAAUGGGGCAUGUGGCAUUGCCCAUUUUGCAGCAGAUUGUUAAGCAAGAGAUGAGGAGGAGGAGGUGCAGCAAGAUGAUGAGCGUGCACCGUCACUUCCGUCUCGUGCUACAAGUGCUCUUGGGAACCGACCAGAUUUACCGCAACGCCAUGAGAGCAUCCAAGUCCCUGCAGCAGAGGAGGAAGGAAGGGGGAAAAGGAAGACUCAGCCCCCCAAAAGAGACCUACAUGGAGCAGCCAGAGGGGUACAAUGAUGGGAGUGGCAGAGUGUGGAAGCUGAAGAAAGCACUCUAUGGCCUCAAGCAAGCCCCUAGGCAAUGGUACCUUGGGAGAGCAAGAAGCAAGUGGACCAAGCAUUGAGCUCGGUGGAGUCCGAGUACAUGGCACUCUUCCGUGCCAUAAGAGAGGUUGUGUGGCAGCGGCGUUUGCUAGCUGAA